AUGCUUGACCAGCUCAAAGACUGCACGCAUGAGCUCCUCAACGGGAAGCUCAAGUUGGACGCCAUGGCUGCGUUCUGCCCACCAGCUCAGGCUACCCACAUGAAUGAGGUGCGCGUACAGUCGGACAAAAAGCAAGAAAACCAAUGUCACGAAUAUGGCACCACCGAUGGAGGGAAGGAGCUACAACAAGGACAAGAAAAGGCACAAGCCAACGAAGAGCGCCUUGGUCCUUUCUGCCCAUGCUUCUUGACGCAGCUUACGCUCACGCUGAGACCAGGCAUCAACCACUUGGUUGAUGAGACAAGGAGCAGGAGCAUCUUUGCGUGA